AUGUCUAACGAGCGACGAGUGAAGGCCCUUAAAAAUCGAAUGAAGAGUCUGCAGACGUCCUUCUCGCUCAUCAAAACGUUUGCAGAUAACUACCAAGAGGAUCAACACGCUCCAGAAGUACCGGUUCGCCUGGAGAACCUGAACAAAGUGUGGACUGACUUCUCUACUGUUCAGUCGGAACUAGAAGCUCUAGAUGAAGCCGGUAUGGGACAGCAUCUGAAGGAUCGAGCCACCUACGAAUCGGCGUACUACAGGGUUAAAGGCUUUCUCCUGUCCGUAAAUAAAUCGCCACAGUCGUCUCCGACACCUCCCGCCUCGACUUCUACUUCAAACCAGCAAGGCCCUACGUCAUCCCACGUUCGUCUACCAGACAUAAAACUUCCGGUUUUCAAUGGGAGUCUGGAUAAUUGGCUGAAUUUCCAUGACCUCUAUAUCUCUCUGGUGCACUCAUCUAACGAUCUGUCCAAUAUUCAGAAAUUUUACUAUCUUCGCUCUUCGCUCUCCGGUGAUGCUCUUAAACUUGUUCAAACGAUUCCCAUCACAGCUUUAAAUUACCCCGUUGCAUGGAAUUUAUUGGAAGAGCAUUAUAAGAACAAGCCACGGUUGAAACAGUCGUACCUUAACGCCCUCUUCGAGUUCGCUCCCCUUAAACGCGAGUCGGCAGCAGAUUUACACGCCCUGGUCGAAAAGUUCGAGUCAAACGUAAAAGUGCUACAGCAACUAGGAGAGAAAACGGAGUUCUGGGAUCUUAUUCUCAUUCGAAUGCUCAGCGUCCGUCUAGAUGCCACUACCCGUCGCGAUUGGGAAGAAUACUCUUCGUCCAAGGACGGUAUCUCGUUUAAAGAUUUAACAAGCUUUAUUCAGCGAAGAGUAUCUGUUCUUCAAACACUAGAAGAAAAAAGCGUGGGAUCUCCGCCCUCCGUACCGUCGUUAAACCAGCCGAAAAGGUUUCCCCAACGUCCGACUGCCUGUCACACUGUCAGCCAGUUCUCCACUGAUCGGAAAUGCUGCAUCUGCUAUGAGCAUCACCCGCUCUACAUGUGUCCUACGUUUUCGAAAAUGAGCGUUGAGGACAAAGAAAAGGAGAUUCGUCGUCUACAACUAUGUAGAAACUGCCUGCGUAAAGGACACGUCGUUCGGGACUGCCAGUCUUCCAGCUCGUGUCGCAAAUGCAAAAACCGUCACCAUACUCAACUUUGUUCCACUGAACCCGCUAUGGCUGCGAGCCAACAUCAUACAGCGUCGUCGAAGUCAACAGUGAAUCUCACUUCUGAAACCCAACCACGAACAUCAGCCACAGUGACUGUUAACGAGAUUCCCAGCUGCGCCGCUACUGAAACUAAACAUACUAGUGUACUUCUCGCCACCGCCGUGGUCCUUUUCGUCGAUGAUAAUGGAACUGAGCAUGUAGUUAGAGCACUCCUCGAUUCUGGCAGUGAGUGCUGUUUCGUGUCGGAAAGAUUUCUCCAAACAGUAAAAAUCAAACGCAGAAAGGUUUCCGUCCCUAUUUCUGGAAUCGGUCAAGCUACCGUCAACGCUAAGUUUGCAGUUCUCCCACAAAUCCAAUCACGAGUCUGCAAUUACUCUACUACAGUUGAAUGUUUAGUUUUACCCCGGUUGACAUUGGACUUGCCCUCCACCUCCAUCGAUGCUUCUACUUGGAACAUUCCGCCCGGGAUCCUGCUUGCAGAUCCAGCUUUCUUCAGUCGCAAAGUAAUCGAUCUAGUUCUAGGGGCAGAUGUCUUUUUCGAGGUCUUUAACGUCACGGGUCGAAUUCGAAUUGGCGAUGAUCUUCCGCCUCUCAUUAAUUCUACGUUCAGUUGGGUAGUUUCAGGAAGAAUUUCCAGCCCAAAAUCUAACAGACCGUUCGUCGCAAAUGUUGCCACCAUCGGCGAUUUGACGCAAAUGAUGGAACGAUUCUGGACUAUUGAAGAGGGAAAUCCGUCGUCAUGCCACUCUGUCGAAGAAGCCGCCUGUGAAACUCACUUCAAAGAAACCGUCUCUCGUAACGAACAAGGACGAUACAUUGUUCGCUUACCCGUAAAACCUGAUGUCUUAGCCCGGCUUGGCGACAACCGUCGCGCCGCAUUCCGAAUGUUUCGAGCCAUGGAAACGCGAACGGCUCAGAAUCCGCACCUUCGUGAACAAUACGUCGACUUUAUGACCGAAUACGCCACCUUGGGACAUAUGAAAAAAGUCGACGACUACGAAACACCGCCCAACCCUUGCUACCAUCUUCCGCACCAGGCUGUUAUCAGAGAAGAAAGCACGACCACCAAAGUUCGCGUCGUUUAUAAUGCGUCGUGGAAAACGAGCCAAGGCCCUUCCCUGAACGAUGCACUUAUGGUGGGGCCCAUCGUCCAAGAUGAUAUGAGAUCCAUCAUCAUUCGCGGCAGAACUCAUCGCGUUAUGCUAGUUGCUGAUGCUAAACAAAUGUUCCGCCAGGUCUUGGUUGAUGACCGCGACACCGCUUUGCUGAGAAUCCUAUGGAGAAACUCACCUGAUUUACCACUGGACACGUACGAGCUGAAAACGGUUACCUAUGGGACAGCCUGUGCACCUUGUCAAGCUACAAGAGUUUUAAUACAGCUGGCCGACGACGAACAACACGACUUUCCAGAAGCUGCUCAAGUCCUGCGCAAGGAUUUUUAUGUGGAUGACCUCUUCUCCGGAGCAGAAAGCAUAGAGAAGGCCAUCGAACUUCGAGAACAACUUACCUCACUUCUUGAAAGAGGAGGAUUCGUCCUACGUAAAUGGGCAUCUAACAAAUCUGCAGUUCUUCGUGACGUCUCUACUGAUAAGCUGGCUCUAGAACCAUCAGUAGAUCUCUCUCGUGACUAA